CGCGCCCAUCGUUCCGUCGCGGCGGGGCGGGCCGCGUCUCCUCGGCGCCGCCAUGUCCUUGUGUCUGGCCAAGCUGGGCCGGGCCGCGGCCGCCGCUCGGGGCCGCCUGGGGGGAGCCGUCCUGCCGGCGGCAAGAAUUCAUCUCAGCUCCAAGCAGAAUUUGGAGUAUGGCUGGCUGGCUUAUAUUCUGGGAGACCGAGCUUCCAAAAGGUUCACUGAGUACAGCAAAGUCUUUACAGUGGAGGGAAACUUAUCCUCUGGGAAGGGCAAACUUGCACAGCAGCUAGCAGAAAAACUAGGAAUGAAGUAUUUCCCAGAAGCAGACAUCCAUUACCUGGAUAGAAUCACGGGAGAUGGGACGCUGCUGCCUGAGAAAUUUAAUGGUUUCUGUAACCUGGAGAGGUUUUACAACGACCCCAAGUGCCCUGAUGGACAUUCCUAUCGACUGCAGGCUUGGCUCUUUGGGAACCGUGUUUUACAGUAUGCUGAUGCCUUGGAACACCUGCUGGCCACAGGCCAAGGUGUGGUGAUCGAGCGCUCUCCCUACAGCGACUUCGUGUUCCUGGAGGCAAUGUUCAAACAAGGCUACAUCCACAAACGGUGUGUUGAUCACUACAAAGAGAUCAAAGAGAUCAGCAUUUCUGAAUUCCUGCCACCUCACUUGGUCAUUUACAUAGAUGUACCUGUUGCAGAUGUGCAGAGGAGGAUUCAGGAGAAAGGCAAGCCAUAUGAGAAAAAGGUGUCUCCUCAGUAUCUCCAGAACAUUGAGGAUGCUUACAAGAAAACCUUUCUACCACAGAUCAGUGAGACCAGUGAAGUUCUGCAGUACUCAGCAACUGAGGCAGAGGAUGUGGAGAAGAUAAUUGAAGACAUUGAAUACCUGAAGUUUGACAAGGGGCCAUGGCUGGAGCAGGAUGAUGUUUCUUUCCAUCAGUUGAGACUUUAUGUUCAGGACAAAAGUGGAGUGCUGGAUCCUCAAGCCAUCCCUCGUUUCAUUCCAGAAAUCACAAUCGGAGGCAUUGAGUAUGAUAAAAUCUAUUAUGAGUAUCGAUCGCUUCCUGGUCGCAAUUUUAGGCCAGGCUACAAUGCUGAUGUUGGUGACAAGUGGAUCUGGCUGAAGUGAGAUCUUCUCCCUUUGGAGCCCUGGCCACAAUGGACCACAGAACUUGAAGAAGAAGCUGAGUUCACUAUGCCUGCUCUGCCUGAAUUGUGUAGCACGGAGGGAAUGCUGGUUAAAUAAUCUUUCAGCUACAGCAUCAGAGAGUGGACUCAUAGAAAGGAAAAAUCACUUCUGGUUUGUUCUUCCCUGGUGAAUUCAGUCUUUGGAUAUUGGAUAGUCAAGUGUGUGGUGGUGAAGUGGUUUGGUAUUACAGGAGCAGUCUUUGAGAUCAAUGCUGAACUUCCUCUUCAUCAAGACUGUGGCAUAAUAUUAUACGGGAUUGUUGUUGGUUUGCUGAAUCAAGAGAAAUUAAACCUGUAUCCUUGUGGCUCUCAAAGUUAA